ACUAGGACUGACGAAGCUCUGUCUGUUUUGGUUGAGUCACCAGAUCUGACCAUGCCUUACUGACAGACUAGAGGCAGAAAACAAACGUGAAUCACACAAAAAUAACAGAUCGUUCAUGCGACAACCUAAGGAAUAAGUCGAGUAUUUUUGUGCUUACAAGUAUUAAGAUCUUACAUCGGUUUGGCGGUGUAGCUAGCUAACACCAAUCGUCGAAAAUGAUGAAGGAAGAAGAAAUUGAUAGGUUCCAAGUACCCCCAGUUACGGAGACGCAGCCCUUGCAGGACCCAGCAGCAUCCUCCACCUCCGAGGCCGACUCCGAUACUAGAGAAGGGGAAACGGUGGCCAUGAACUACAAGCCCUCCCCACUGCAAGUGAAAAUAGAGAAACAGAGAGAGCUGGCCAGGAAGGUAUCAGUAAAAAAUGGCACCGUGGGUAGCCCUGUCAACCAGCAACCCAAGAAGAACAACGUCAUGGCCAGAACACGGUUGGUGGUGCCAAACAAAGGCUACUCCUCUUUAGACCAGACCAGCCCAGAUGAGAAGCCCCUGGUAGCGCUGGAUACAGACAGUGAUGAUGACUUUGACAUGUCCAGAUACUCUUCAUCUGGAUACUCCUCAGCCGAGGUGAGAUGUCUGAGGGACCAGCAGAUCAACCAGGACCUCAACAUCCAGCUUCUGAAGGACGGUUACCGGCUAGACGAGAUCCCUGACGACGAGGAUCUGGAUCUGAUCCCUCCCAAAUCAGUCAACCCCACCUGCAUGUGCUGCCAAGCCACCUCAUCCUCAGCCUGCCACAUCCAGUAGCCCCUCCCAUGACAGAUGCUCCCGCCCCUGCCACCAGGGCAGCAACAAGGAAGAGGAGGAGUUUAAAUGAUUGUGGGGACGGGACAGAAGAAUAGGUGUAUUGGAAUUAGUGUGGAUUUGAAAAGGGUGAAAAUGCAGAACAAAUUUACUGAGAGUAACUGGUUCCUCCUAUGGUAGGACAUGUGCAUACAUUUGUCUGUUACGUUAUAGGGUCUUUAUGUCUGAGUAGUAUUCAGAAGCAGCUCUCCCUUGUCUCAUCUUGGAAUAUUACAUGGAUGGCAAUGAAAUGGUCUCAAAUGCUGAACUUGUGUGAGAUGGCAGUGUUUCGAAGAUGGUCACUUGAGGAUUAUGUCGUCUUAAACUUUGUUUUGACCUCCUGAAGGUCUUUGUUGCUGUUACUGUAUGGAGGGAUCAACAGGGAAUGUACUGUGAGCAUGGAAAAAGGACAAACAUUUGAUUGAAGAGCUGUCUGAGUGUGUGUAACGUGUCUAAAAUCAAAUAUCAAAUCUUUUAGAAUAUUUAAGGAGAUACAGCAACGAACAGAGGAAUCCCAAAUAUUUAUUUUAUGUUCCCAAGCAGGCAUCUCACAAGUUAAAAUGCAAAGUGAGUUUUGAUUGAGUGGAUUUGCAGCAGUCUGUCUUCUCGCUCCUCUAUAUUUUCUGAUCAUAUUUUCUCUCUCUUCCUGUUGUCGUGAUACGUGUGACAUCAGAAUAACUAUUCCUAUUUAAAACUUUGCUAUAUGACUUGAGAACAGCUUUGCAUGUUGCUCACUGUGCCACUUAGAUAAACACCCUUACCAAUACAGUAACUG